UGUCACACGAGAAAUAGCACCUGCAUUCAUGGCCUCUUCUUCUCCAUAUUUUCUCUAUCUCAUUCUAAUUUUCCUGCUGCCAGUUUAUGUUGUAGCUCAAACAUAUCAGAAAAUAGAGUUGGGCUCCUCAUUAACUGCAGCACUCAAUAUGAAUUCUUCCUGGAGAUCUCCAUCUGGUGAUUUCGCAUUUGGAUUCCAACAAAUAAGAGCUGGUGAGUUCUUGCUUGCCAUAUGGUUCGACAACAUACCUGAAAAAACCAUUAUUUGGUCACCACCCAUCGAUGGUGAAAAGCUGGUGGAAGAAGGAUCCAAAAUUCAACUUUCAGAAGAUGGCCAGUUCAGACUCACUGACGCGAGAGGUGAGAAACUAUGGGAUGCACAAUUGACUGGCUCUGGUAACGUUUUAUACGCAGCCAUGUUCGACACAGGAAAUUUUGUUCUGGUGAGCCAGGACUCCAACUUGUGGGAGAGUUUUAAUCAGCCAACUGACACAAUAGUACCUACACAGAUAAUGAAGCGAGACAGCAAACUUGUCGCCCGUUAUGCAGAGAAGAAUUAUUCAAGGGGAAGGUUUCGUUUCCUAAUGCAAGGGGAUGGAAAUCUCGUAUUCUACGUCACUAGCUUCCUAUGGGACACAGUGGAUUUAAUAAAUAGAGCUUAUUGGGCAUCCAAUACUGUAAACCAAGGCUACCAGUUUGUCUUCAACCAGUCUGGCUAUAUCUACCUAGCAGAUAACAAUGGAAGCAUACUCUACUCUUUUACAUCAAAAGAAACUUCAUCUACGAACUAUUACCAGCGAGCAAUCCUAGAGUAUGAUGGGGUCCUCAGGCAUUAUGUCUAUCCAAAGACCACAAAUGGUAUUACUAGAAAUCCUAUGAACUGGUCCAUGCAGGGGUCUGAACCUUCGAAUAUUUGCGACAUUAAGGAAACACAAGGUAGUGGUGCUUGCGGAUACAACAGCUACUGUAGUUUUGGAGAUGAUCAGAGGCCUAAAUGCAGUUGCCCACCUGGAUACUCAUUCUUUGAUCCAGAUGAUAAGAUGAGAGGGUGCAAACAAGAUUUUGACACACUAGGUUGCAAUGGAAACCAUGAUGCAGAUGAUUUUGAGUUGAGAGAGAUGGCUAACAUGGAUUGGCCACAAACAGAUUAUGCAUAUUUCAAAGGGGUUACUGAGGACUGGUGCAGACAAACGUGCUUGACUGAUUGCUUUUGUCCUCUUGCAGUCUUUAAAGAUGAUGAAUGUACAAUGAAGAAAUUUCCUCUCUCUAAUGGGAGAAUGGAUCCUGGCCUUGGUGGAAAAACAUUGAUCAAAAUGAGGAAAGACAAUUCAAAAAACAAAUCUCCUGACAAAGCUACUCUUUGGCUUGUUUCACGCUUGAGUUACUGGAAAAGAAGGAUGCUUCAACCUUCUAGAGCAAACCAAGGCACAAGUUUGCGAAGCUUCCCAUUCAAGGAGCUUGAGGAAGCUACAAAUAAAUUCAAAGAAGAACUUGGAAAAGGUGCUUGUUCAACAGUUUACAGAGGAGUUCUUGACACUGGUAACAAGAAUAUGGUUGCCAUAAAAAAGUUGGACAAGAUGAUGACAGAAAGUGAGUUGGAGUUUCAAGCAGAAAUACGUGCAAUUAGCAAGACAAAUCACAAGAAUCUAGUUCAGCUGCUAGGAUUCUGCAAUGAGGGACAACAUCGGCUUUUGGUGUAUGAAUACAUGAGUAAUGGAUCUUUAGCAUCUUACCUUUUUGGAAAUUUAAGGCCCAGUUGGUAUCAAAGAGCUCAAAUUGCUUUUGGAACUGCAAGAGGGCUUGUUUAUUUACAUGAGGAGUGCAGCAAUCAGAUCAUACAUUGUGACAUCAAGCCUCAAAAUAUUCUACUAGAUGACUCCUUGACAGCAAGAAUUUCUGACUUUGGAUUAGCAAAACUUUUGAAGACAGGCCAGACUCGAACUGUUACAGCAAUUAGGGGAACAAAAGGAUAUGUUGCCCCUGAGUGGUUCAAGAACAAGCCUGUCACAAUCAAGGUUGACGUUUACAGCUUUGGGAUUCUGCUGCUAGAGCUCAUUUGUUGUAGGAGGAGCUUUGAGCAAGAUUUAGAGGAUGAAAACCAAAUGAUAUUGGCUGACUGGGCAUAUGAUUGCUAUGAAGAAGGAAGACUAUACCUGCUAGUUCAGGAGGAUGAAGAAGCUAUUCAGGACAUUAAAAGGGUAGAGAGGUUUGUGAUGAUUGCCAUUUGGUGCAUUCAAGAUGAUCCGUUUUUAAGGCCCACCAUGAAGAGAGUCUCACAGAUGCUAGAAGGAGCUGUUGAAGUCCCUCGUCCUCCAUCCAUUCCCUCUGUUAAUGUAUGAGAUCACGUCUAUUAAACUAAUGUGGUGGCAGUUACACAGUUUAUUUUGCUUAGUGGUGUAGGAGUUUAUUUUUGCAGUUCGUAACUUCUUUAUGUUUUUAGCAGCUGCUAUGUAUAAGUUACUUCUCUUUGAAAAAUUGAUAUGUAUGAUUAUGUUGGCUUGAAUUAUAUCAAGAAAUAUCAGUUUAUGUU